UGAUGAUGCUGCGGGAAUCAGGCGCUGCUCCACAGAUCACCGAUAAUCACCGAUCAUCAUCAAAACCUCAAUAAUAACAUCAUUGAUCAUCAAUAAUCAUCAUCAGAGUGGCCGUGAUGAGCAUCUCCACCUUCCAGAAGCUGACGGUGGUCUCCUGCGUGCUGCUGUGCGUCGCGCUGCUGCUGCCGAAGAUGCUGCUGUCCCGCGGCCACCGGGAGCCGGACGGGCCCGCAGGUAACUUCCCGCCGGUGCCGCAGCGAGGGCCGCUGUCAGAUGAGCGCCGCAGCCGUCAGUCCUCCAGAACACACACCACUGAAGCCAUCGCGCGCGCUCGAGGAGCCGGAGCCGCUGCCACUGGGAAGAGCAACCUGGCCGGACAGAUCAUCCCCAUCUACGGCUUCGGCAUCCUGCUCUACAUACUGUACAUACUGUUCAAGAUCACAGCUAAAGGCAGGUCCUCCACUCCUCCAGAGAGCAGACUCAGUGCGGUGCGAGCGGAAAACACCAAGAGGAAGAUCACUGAUUUCGAGUUGGCUCAGCUGCAGGACCGACUGAACGAGACGAAGGACAUGAUCGAGAGAAUCCUCUCUACAGCCAGCACCGGCUCAGAAAGCGCUGCAGUGCCGCUGGAUGAGGAGCAGAAUCUGCUGUUCCAGCUGCAGGAGAUCACGCGUGUGAUGCAGGAGGGCCGACUGGUGGACACGGCAGGUACGGACACUCAGACAGGAAGUGACAUCACAGGACUUAGACGGAGGAACAAACCGUAGCGUCUGCAUGAGGAGUGUGAGCUGUAAAUGCUGGAUGUGUGUGAAGGUCAGCAGGGGCUCCACACACACACGUGUGUAUAUAUAUAUAUCUCUGGCUCUGGGUGGCCACAGUCCUCCACUGCAGCUUGGUCCUACAUUAAUUCCAGAGGAGCGCUACCCUGUACCAACAUGGCGGCUCUAUUGACGCACUCCCACUGAUAGACUACAGCAGCAGGGUAUGAGAGAUCUAGUGUACAUAUCUCUGUGCUCUCCUGUGUUCAUGUAUCCGCUCUCCUCUAACACUGAUCACUCCUGAUUUAUUGAUCAUCGUCUCACACUGCAUGAGUACACACACACACACACACACACUCCUGGUGCUCUGUCCUGUCUCUGCUGUGGUCACUGCAGCUGUUCUCUGAGCUCUACACAGCGGGGUUGCAGCUUAAAUUAAAAACAUCUCCUGAAA